AUGGAUUUUGGGGAAAAACUCGAAGAGCUGAAUUUGACUUCUGACGAAGUUGACCGUUUCAGUAAAGCCUUGAAAGAUGACAAGUUCCGACAGAUGCUUCGGGAAUACGCCGAGGAAAUAUCCAAUCCGGAGAACAAAAAGAAGUACGAGGAGGAAAUUAAACUUUUGGAGGAGGAGAGGGGCAUGGACGUAAAAUUUAUCCAUCCUAAACCUCACCAUGUGCUGAAAACGAGUGCCAACGGGAAGGAAAAGUGCUUCAUAAACGUCUGCUCUAAUGACUUGAUAGGUAAACCUGUGUGUAAAGCCGGCAAGGGAGAGGACGGUAAAGUCGGUCAGCACUGGUCACUGCCGUACAGUUUGACUCCAGGGAGACCAGACAGAGACGUGAAGGGAAACAAAUGCAUGAUAUAUGACGUGGUUUUCCAUCCAGACACGCUUUAUAUCGCGGGGAAAGACGCGCGAUUUCUGCAACUGGUGAACGACACUGCUAUCCAAGCUGUCCAAGAUUCGUUUAAACUGAAACUAGAUAAAAACAACACCAAGGUACUGAAAACUAAAUACAAAGGUGUCCCACAUCCAGCUGUGAUACGGAAGCCCAUCCCGGGGCACGUGGAAAAGGAAGAGCAACCUUUUGAUUUUCCAUACCCCGACCAGCGAAACGCUUCCGCAAAAGACGGUCCUAGACCUCUCUCUAGAACAAAUACACGAGACCAUACCUGCUCAGUCCAUCAGAGUUCCCCGCAGUCCUCCACGCAUCCGACGGAACCCCAUCACACCCUAAAAUACAGAUCAGUAGUUGAUUUACAAGAUUACAGGUGUGCCAGAGACUCGGCGCGAAGCCCGCGUCCAAAAGCGAUUGUCGUAACCGUUGAUUUGCCCUUGUUAAAAUCAGCAGCAGAUGCCAGUCUGGAUGUAAGCGAGAAACGUCUUCUCCUUGAGUCCCAGAAACCUGCUUAUAAAUUGGAACUCGCGUUGGCAUACCCGGUGGAUGAAAAUAAGGGAGAAGCCAAGUUCAAUAAAGCAAAGAAACAGCUGACAAUCACCCUCCCUGUUCUGCCACUUAAAGAACCUCUUGUAUUUGGGGUGGAAGACCAGCGGGUUAAUGGGAAUGCAGAGGAGGGAGACACAGAUGAAAGAAAGGAUGAGGAUGAGGGUAGGGAAGAUGCGAACGAUGACGCAUCAUCGUUAUCUGAGCAUGAAAGAAAGUCUGACGGAGAGAGCUAUCCAAAAGCCAGCGGUGAACCCAGCACUCGGUCUCAGAAUUGUGCGCGUCAGCCGCUCUCAUUUGAGGAAGACAACGUGAAAAUCGAACCUGAGGAUGUGGAAAUUAUUGACGCUGUGGAGGAGAAUAACCCACCACAGUGCCUACAAACAGACAUCCCUAAAAACCUCCUCACCGAUACUCAGACAGACGAAGUAACCGUCCAAGAACCACAGAACAACACCGAGAGUCAGAGAGAGGGGGGUUGCAGUGACACACCACUCGUCUCAGCGGUAGACUCCAGUAUGCCGUUUGACCUCUCGCUUGAUCCUGAGGAAGAUGUGCAAGUUACAGUCAGCUCUCCUAAUUUCGGAGAGAGAAUGAGUAACUCGGAGCUGCCGUGUGUGACCAAAACAGCGUCACCACAGCAGGAGAAUGUUAAUCGGCAUUGCUUACAGCAUUUAGCACAGCAAGACAGAGAGACCACAUCACACUCCUCAGAACUAGAGCGCUGUGACAGUCCCAGAAGCCUAGAGAUCCCGACAGAGUAUACGCCUCUCAGCGAACCACAUCAUCCCAGUAGAGAGGAGGGGGAGGCGACGACCGUGCAGGGCACUGUGGAUGUUGCAUUAUCCGAGGAGAAAGAACCCGAGAGAUGUUCUGCCGUCACGCAAGGUCAGCACGUUUCAGAGUGCCGGCGAGAACACCCCCCCGUGGUUUUGCGCGAGACCGACCCCCAGGACGGCACCGAGGCUGUCAUCAGCGAUCACAGCACCUCCGCUGGCUUCUCUUUCCAGAACACUCUCUUAUACGAGCUGGACUGA